AUGGAGGCCCCUGCGGAGCCGGCAGUACCACGACCAUCAUAUCCCACGCCACGAUCGAUACUUCACCCGGCAGAAACUGGCGAUAUCGACGGAGAUCGAACGUUGAUAUCGACCAUAGAAUCUCGACCGAGGGCGGGAAUUGCCCACGCAGCCCAGAUCGAGGCAGAAUUCCCCGAUCCGGAAGGGGAUCAUGCACCUACGCCACCGGAAACCCCCAACGUCGAUCGAUACCGGAACGGCGAUGCUGGAGGCGGCAGGAUAAGUGAGAGCAUGCCGGAUCAGACUACCGAUCGGGCGGACACCAAGGAUAUCCAGACGGAAAAUCGGACUGGCACCAAGAAUAUCGAGCGGAAAACGGGAAAUCCGAACUGUCAAACCCAGAUCAAACUCGAUCCCGGCAAAGGAUUCGACGACGUCGAACUACGAGAUCCGCUCGCGGAAGGAGCGCCGACCACCCCGCAGGAUGCCGAGGACGAUGAUGAGAUAUAUUACCAUGAGAGUGGUGAUCUCCCGGCUGAAGAUCUCGAGGGAAACCUCGCAGUCCUCCCAGAGAUCCCGAUCUCGACGAUCGCGAAGGUCAGCAUCGAGGACGUGCAGAUGGGAGACUCCGGAUCGGCCACACCCGAGGAGAUCGAGAAGCUCCGGCAGAUCAUUUGGAAGAAACGACACCUCCUCAUCGGCAAAGGGAACGCCUUACCUCCGGCGGCCAAGGGCGCCGUGCGUGACAUCAAUGUCGUAAAUGCGAAACCGGUCGCACUGCGAACCCGGAAAGUGCCUACGCGAUUUCGAGAAAAUAACGGUGUGGAUAUCAGGUUGUGUAUCGACUACAAACUGGUAAACAGCCUCACGAGGCUGAUGGUAUAUCCCAUGCCCCUCAUCAGCAAUCUGUUAGAAGACCUCGAUAAGGCAUUAUGGUAUUGCUCACUGGAUAUGGCCAGCGGUUUCUGUGUCGUGCCCAUGACGGAUCGGGCUCGCGAGAUCUCAGCAGUCAUCACCCCGUUUGGAUUGUUCGAAUGGAGCCGUAUGCCUUUUGGCCUAAAAAUUCCCCACAACGCGCUGUAUGGAUUUCUGAAAAUCACGCGAUCAGGCGACGCCGGGGCUACAACGGACGUGUUCCAGACAGGGAUCGCGGACAAUCCUGAUCGUGGGUCAGUGUUGGGACGGAGAUCAUACAUUGACGACAUCAUCAUCGCGGCAGAAUCGUGGGAUCAAAUGUGCCAAAGGUGUGGCAAAGAGCUUCUGGGCAUGGAUAAUGUAGGAUAUCUGGGACACCGAGUGUCGAUCGGAGAUCUGGAGGGGAAACCAAAAGAUCUGAAAUCCCUAACCGAUCUGCCAUUCCCCGGAUCACUUCGGUCUAUGCAGUCAUUUCUGGGUAACUACGCUAUCUACGCUUCGGUGCUUUAUGAACUACGCGAGGUGGAGUUUGUAGAACUGGAGAAACGAUCGGAGCUGAGGAAGAUCAUGGACCAGAACGACCCGAUUGCUCGAGAUCACGGCCCACCGGAACUGCAGUUGGCGGAACCAUUGGAUGAGAGGUGGAUCAGGGCGCAUAGCGCCUUCACCACCCUGAAAACCAAGAUCGCGACUACCCCCAAUUCUCCGCCACUUCGACGAGACGAGAACUCCGUUAUCGUAUAUGCCAGCGAUUGGGCAAUAUCAGCUUCGUUGACGCAAGAACACGACGGGAUCUACCAUCCAGUUGCGUUCGCCAGUCGCACCUUGAAGACGAAUGAAUUGAAUUACAAUGUGACCGAAAAGGAGGUGUUGGCACUGCUGAGGAUCUUGGAUCUCUACUACAAUUUACUGGUAGGACGCGAGAUCCGGGUCAUAACGAGGCAUUCCACGUUAGCCUGGCUGUUCAAGUCGACAGGAUUACAGGGUCGCCUAGGGCAAUAUUCAGCCCUCCUGGUCCCGUGGACUCUCGAGAUCACGAAGUGCACGAAAGGCGAGGACGAGAUACUGGGAGCGAUCGCUUCCAGCAUCACGCCGAGGGCGAAGAUCGACGACACUCUGACCGACAUCGCUCCUCGGAAGGAACCUAAACGCCGGAUCCAAGCGCCGAUACCCACCGUAGAUCGUUUUGACGGAUUCGCUCGAGUGAAGCGUGGCGGGGACGCGUUCAGUGCGAUCGUGUGGAGUCUACCCGGAUGGGAGGUAGUCAAGGCUAGAUCGGGCUAUCUCGAGAGCCUCGCUGUGAACGAAGAAGAAUAUAACGGCUUGAUCCAGGGACUCGACAUGCUAGAGGACCUAGAUCACAAAACAAACGCCUAA